CGGGGGGACCGGAACUAGGCAGUUUGAAAUGGCAGAGCGACGUCUGCGUCGUCCUCUCUUCAGCAGAAGAGGCUGUUCUUUCUGUUUUGCCUCGCUUUGUCGUCAAUUUGAGUGCUUCAUAGCCCAUCAGCCAGAGCCGUAGGUACAGUGUCUAGAGUUUAGACCCUUAGCCUGGAGUCAAGGAGGCCAAGGGCAUGUCCCAACGGCUACCUGCAACGUAACAGAAACUGAUAUAUAUAGUCAUUUCGGACGCUCGCGUCUGUUUAGACUCAGUGCCCAACAGUCUCCCUGCUCGUCGGAAAUCAGGGCCAAGGAGGGAGGGAGGGAGGGAGGGAGGGAAGGAGGCCUUACCAGUAGUCUCUGUAUGUAUGUGAUUGUGGGGGAUAGAGAGAGAGAGAGAGAGAGAGAGAGAGAGAUAGAGUGAGAGAGGGAGAGCGUGAGAGUGGUUCGUAUUCGGGUUGCGGAAUUUAGUUCGACUAGUUACCGUUAGGAGGCGUACCUGGGGACUAAUGUUCUUGUGAUUUUUGAUUCUUUAGAUUUUGAGCCUCAAGUGUUGCCGGCGAUGGAGGAUGAUCAGUAGUGCCUCGAGCUGCGGAGGUCACGUGUAGUUUUGAGAUGUUUUGGUGGUUAUGACAAUGUGAAGGCUGUGGUUCGAUGUUGACACUUGGCGUGGCAGGUCGUUGAAGGCGAGUGAGUUUUACAGAGUAGAAUGCGAUUUCUGUGGUUUCUGACGGGUUGCGCUCAGAGGCGUUCGGAGAAGCACUGGAGAGUUACUAGAAGAUAGAGCGGAACCGUACUGAGAGGCGCUCUCGUCGGAUAAGCUUGCAAAAAUUGGGUAGCAUGGAAGAGGAGAAUGGUUACCUCCUCAACUUCGACCAAGAGGAUGAUAACUUACUUGGAAUAAGUUCCGGAGAGCUCGGUUCAGGUGUGAACCCAUUAUUGCCGACGAUGACACCUUGUAAAUUGAAACCAUCAUCAGCGGAAUUCGUGGCGAAUCAUCCUGGUAAAGAGGAGUCAGGAGGUGUGACUGCUGCAGAGGAAGCAGACUGUAAUGUCAAACAGGGGCCAGCACCCACCAGGUUCCACAUGGUUCCAAAUUCAGUAUUGUCUGUGCUGAAUUUCAAUGAGAUGAACAAGCGAAAAAUCGAGGAAACGGGUCUCAGGAAGGGUCUUGGAAUUAAAGAGUCCAUGCAACUCGACGGGAUUUGCGAAACUUCACCUGUCAGAAACCCUGGGGAUUUCACAAGUCAGCUCAGCAGAAGUUAUCUUGAUAUCGAAAAUGAUCAGUUGAGAGGAACUGCAGAGAGGGCAGGUUGCGAACCUACUGUUCUUCGUAAAAGUAGGAGCAGACGCUCAACAACACUGCGGAAGUCUCUAGCCUGGGACAAGGCCUUUUUCACUGAUGAAGGUGUUCUGGAUAAUGAUGAACUAUUUGCCGUCGCUUCGGACAAUCCAAAAACAUUGCCAAUGCCCGAGUUGGCAACCAUUUGGGAUGGACCACAGAAUGUGAUAGCUCCAUUUGAGGCGAGGACUACGCCUAUCAAGACUCCAGGGAAGCCAGCAGGUCUUACGGCAGAAGUGAAAGCAGAAGUGAGAUCAGAAGGUUCGAGGUCACAAGUGGAACCAGAAGUGAGACCAGGAAAUUUGAAAGUAGAGCCGAAACCUACUGCCAGGCCUGCUCCGAAUUCGAAACUUCAGCACGAUGUCCCACCCAUGUCUUCUCUCCGGCCGGAUGUAUUACAUUCUAUUCGGCCAGUGCGUCACACCCAAAGAACAGGAUCACAUGCCUUUUCAAAUGCAUAUUCCAGAGCAGCAGCAAUACCUCAAGGGUCCUCCUCAAUUCCUGUGCCCACUAACUUGUCUAGAACUGGGAAACAAUCUGCUGGUAGGUCUACAAUCGAGCAUGCGCCGAGUACCGACUCAGAUAUGAAGGAGCCUCGUAACUCAAGCAUAGUGCAUCAAGCAAGAAUCGCUGCAUUGAAGAAAGCACACGAAGUGCCGGCGCAAAGGGGACCUCGAGUCCGGUUACCAUCAGUCAAGAUGCAGGAGGAUAAGCCUGCUGAGGAGACGCACAAGACAAAGCUAACCAAAAAGGUAGAUGUUAAGCCUCUGGUAGAGACACAUAAGUCAAAACCGUUCAAGAAAGUGGAUCUCAAGGAUGAGGGAUACGUGACGAAGCAGUCGCAGAAAGUCGAGGAACCGCAGAAGAUGAAGCAACCCUCUCUGAACAGAAGUUUGUCCACGCCCACUGUACUAGAGUCCCCUUCUGCACUCUCCCGCAAGAUGUCAUCCAUGUCUAGAAAAGUGAAGGAGACGCUGGAGAAAGUAAUGACAGGGCGCGCGCGGAGAGUUCUAAAAGAACCUUCCUUGUCCCAUGUUCAUCCUGUUGACAACACGUCGUUGUCGUCAAAGAAGUUGGGUAUGCUGCCUAAAGUGCCGGAAGUGAAGGAUUCAAAUCAUAGAACGCGAUCUAAUUCAACAGUUGGACCAAGCAAGACCAAUAAAGAGCCUCCUGUUAGAGACACGUUACGAAGCAAAGGACCCCCGUUGUCUCCGAAAGCCGCUCUUGCUCAAGCCCCAACUCUCACGAGGAGCAAGAGUGUCUGUGCAGUUCCUGGCCUGCCAAAAGCUACUGACUCAGUGUAUUCGAGAAGAAUUGCACCCUCUGCACCCCCACCCACUUCUCUGCCAGGAGAGCCUGCCGGAAAGCCGACUGGUCUUCGUAAACCUUCACCCAAGCUCGGCUUCUUUGAUACGGGGAGAGCCACAUCUAUUUCUCAGAAAAUAUCAGCGAUUCCCGAACCGUUCCAAAGCAUUCUAAGUACAAGGGCAGGAACUGAGACUUCGGCACCAGGUGAGUCGCAAGCACAGCGAUUGUAUGAACUUGCCCCUGUUAAGGUCUCGUCUGCUAUUCCCAGUGCACCUCACUUGCGGUAUGGUGUGGCUUCUGCUCCCACUUCACCCAAAAGCAUCCGUGUCUCUGCUCCAAGCUCUCCCAAAUGUUUAUCCACCACAACCACUAGACCCUCCUCCCCGGUCAUCGAGAGAGUCGCUCUGCCAGUAUACUACUCAGGUAUAAGACAUGCUAUGCAGUUCGCUGAUUCUCACCAGCUCCUAGCCAAGAGAAUGCAGACUGACAGUGGCAACGAUGAAGCAAGGGAAGCUGCUGAGGUGUUUGCCUUGGACUCAUUUAAGCUCCCUGAGGCGCUGUCAGGUUCUUCAGAGCCGAAUACGAAGCCAGCCAUGCCCUCUCGUGAAAGGUUGCCAUCAGCCUCUGUCGACUGGAACUCUUCCGUGCCGCCGGCUCGUGGAGGCUCAAGUCUCGAAUUGGACAAAAAUGUAUCUCAUGACAACGGUACACACACAAGUCUACUGGGACAACGGACUUCUGAAUGUCUUGUCAAACUCGGAGAAGAGCAUCUCGAGAAUUACGUUUCAUUGAAGACGACCGAAGCUAAUUCCACUGUACCUGUAUUGAGGUCCACUACCCCAGUGCCUGGCUUGUCUGUUUUUGAAGAAUCCAACCUCAGAAACUGUUUAUCUGCUGAGCACAUUAGCAAAGGAAUGGUUCAAACUUGUGAUUCACCAAGCCCCGAAACUAGUGCGAUGUCUGGACUCCCUGAUAGCGGGAUCUCCGGUAGGAAGCCUCCUGAUACUGUAAGUCAGUUCAAUCAAAGGCCUGGGCAAGAUCUUGGAGAGGUUCCCACUUUGAGUCCUAAACCUGCCCAGAACACAUCCUCUCCCAACGUUCAAGAGACGAAUGUCGAGGGACAAAGUAUGGCUGUAAAUGCGUGUCAGCCAACCCGUAAAGCUUGCGGGGACAGUGAUUUACCAUCUUCAGCUUGCCCAAACACGCCUGCAAGCAAGGAGCGCUCACGCAGUAACAGUGCUAAGCUAACGAGGCAGUUCGAAUCUCCACGAAGCAAGAGUUUCAGAGAAACAUCGUACAGAACACAGAAUCCUUCUGACUCACCUAGGGUAACUAAUAAGUACGUUCGAAGCUUCAGUCAACGGCAGCCAUGGCAAUCCCCAAGCGGCACUGUUGGUGGUGACGAAUCACCAAGCUUUUGUCCAUCUACCUUUGGUAACCGUCUUAGCUCAGCGUCUCCCAGCCAUGCCCCAGAUGUAGGUGGCACUUUUGAAGUUCUGACACCAACUAACUCUAGAAAUGCCUGCGGCGCACGAACUCCAGGCAGCUCAUCGAAGAAGGUAGUCAGGAAGAUCGUGGAAUUCGAAAGCCCGUCUGCACGCUGGUGCGACUGGCCAGUUCUUGGGGCUGUCCUCUCUGAAGAUCAGUUAUCAGUACCCAUUGAGGAGAGCACGAGACCUGCAUUACCCGCCACCUUAGAGGAGCAAGCUUUAAACCUACCGACGGAUUCCCAACCGAAUAGUUCUGUCAAUCUUCUGAAUACUCCAUCGGUGAAAGUCAGACAUGUGGAAUUGGACAGAGCAGCUGAUCGUGAAUGCAUAUUAGCUACAGACCAAUCAACUAUCUCAGCACCUAGCUGUUCAAUGGGGGAUGAAGUUACCCCAAUGAACAUUGCGUCUGCAGCAUGGGAUAGCGCAUCUGUGGAUGGGAAUCGUUCAAUUGCACCCAACGGAGAACAAUGUGGUUCAGUCAAGAAAGAGAGAAGCUCGUCAAUGUUUUCCUUCGCAAGAAAAGCUGUGGCACGAUUGACAUCAUCUCCAACUCCUGCAGAACCAUCCGGACAGGACAACGAGGGUACUCCAAAACUGCGGAAAACAUCUCGUCGAUUUAGCAAAUCUGGGAGUUACAGCACUUGUCCUGCACCAGAGCCCAAACCUCUCUCGCCUUUCUCAGAAGCAAGAAUUUGCGAGUUGGAGGCAGCUGGACCGGAAAUUUUGGAAAAGAAGACUGGGCCAGUGCAGAACUCACCACCAGAUAAAGUUGUACCAGACACCAAUCCGUGGUCUCCGGUGAAGAAGAAUGCGCAACCGCUGGGUCCUUUUGAUUGCACAAAACUUAAGUACAUAAGUCCCGGCCUUGUAGCUACGUAGUUGUUUGACCCGAGAGCCCAUGUUGUCGUUCAGAGUGUCAACUGCUAGUUGAUGCAUGUUGUUGUUUUGAUCAUCUUCACUCAGCACCGUUUCUUUACAGUGUGCAACCUCUUAGCUCAAAACCGAACUCACAUGGAGCGUCGGACAACGCCUUAUAAUCAUGUCGGCCUCAUGUAGAUCACUCUGCUUCCUGCAUUCAUGGGUGUGUACAUACAUUCUUCAGGUUCUAGUUUCCUCUAUGCAAGUGAAUCCACCCCAUUGUAGAUUAAUACUAGGACUGAGAAAGGUACGAAGCCAUUGAACUCCUUUUGGGGAGAUUUGUAUGUGCCUCGGUUUUGGAAACAUUGUAACUAAAAGAGAUUUCAUUUAAAAUACCAAAAGCUGUACACCGUAACUUUUUCGUAUAGUUUUACAAAUGGAGACAACUCAAGUUUUAGUGA